UUCUAUUUUUAAACUCUUUAAAUACUCAAGCAAACCAUACGUAAUUCAGCAUCCAUCUUCAAAAUUACAAAAUACAAUCCCAAAAAAAAAAAAAAAAUGGAUUUGCUCUCCCUACUGUCACUGAUACUGCUACUGAUAUUGCUACUGAUAUUGCCUGUAGUAAUUUUCUUCUUCUUCUUCCACAAACAGAAAACACUUCAAAAAAAAUCUCCAUAUCCACCAGGACCUUUAAGCCUACCUUUCAUCGGAAACCUCCACCAACUCCACCACAACGCCGCCACACAUAUCUAUCUAUGGAAACUAUCCAAGAAACACGGCCCUCUCAUGUCAAUGAGGCUCGGUUCGGUCCCACUCCUCGUCGUCUCCUCGACAAAAAUAGCAACGCAAGUCCUGAAAACGAACGACCUAUCGUUUUGCAGCAGGCCGAAAGUUCUCGGACAGUACAAGAUAUCGUACAACGCCUCCGACAUAGCUUUCACACCUUACAGCCAAUCGUGGAGAGAGCUGAGGAAGAUUUGCGUCCUUCAUCUCUUGAGCAGCAAACAGCUCCACUCGUUCGGCCCCGUUCGCGAAGAAGAAGUCUUCCGCAUGAUCAAGAACCUGUCGGCUUUUUCAGACAAAGCGGCUGUCGCGAACUUGAGCGUGACAGUGCUGUCGCUGAUAAGUACCAUGAUAUGCAGAAUGGCCUUUGGCAAGAUGAGUGAUGACGUGGACGAGGAGUCGAGAAAACGGAGGUUCGACGAGCUCAUGAUUGAGUCUCAGGCCAUGCUUGGCGGUUUCUUCUUUUCGGAUUACAUGCCUUUGUUCGGUUGGGUGGAUAAACUAUCCGGAAUGAUUGAUAGGCUCGAUAAAGUCUGCAAAGACUUGGAUGAAUUCUUCGAAGCCCUGAUUGAUGAGAAUCUUGUUCGAACGAGGGUUAAAUCAGUCACGAAUUAUAAUCCGAAUAUCCUGGAUUUGUUAAUCCAGCUCAAAGAAGACGAAUCGAGCUCGAUUGAUCUGACGUGGGAUAAUGUCAAAGCAACACUCAUGGAUAUAUUCGUCGCAGGAACCGAUACGGGGACAGCAACAAUAGUUUGGACCAUGACUGCAUUGAUGCAAAAUCCAACAGCAAUGAAGAAACUGCAAAAGGAAAUCAGAGAUUUAAUCGGCGGAAAAGGUAAAGUAAACGAAGAUGAUAUUCCGAAUAUUCCGUACCUAAAAGCAGUAAUUAAAGAGGCAUUAAGAUUGUACCCACCAGCUCCAUUACUAUUAAGACAAACACUGGAAAAAUUAAAUAUCGAAGGUUAUACAAUUCCGCCUAAAACAUCUAUUUUCAUAAACGCAUGGGCCAUUGCAAGAGAUCCCGAGUACUGGGAAAACCCGAACGAGUUCUCGCCCGAGAGAUUCUUGAAUAGUGAUGCUGCUGAUGUCACGGGUCAGGAUUUUCGGGUGAUUCCAUUUGGGUCGGGGCGAAGGGGUUGCCCCGGGAUGGCAAUGGGGCUCGCAAUGGUGGAGCUUGCAGUCGCGAAUCUCGUUUACUCGUUCGACUGGGAAUUGCCUAACGGGAUGAAGGAAGAAGAUAUCGAUUCUCAGGUUUUGCCUGGACUUACUAUGUACAAGAAAAUUCCACUUUGCCUUGUCCCUAAAACCUACAACUAUACUCCUUGAUCUACUUAAGAGUUAAGACAAUUCCAUAGUACUCCUGUCUGUGUGUCAGUGUUCAUCAUUUGAUUUAUGUUUCCUUAAUUGAAUGUAUUAGUCAUAAAUUAAUCUGCAUGUAAUGAUCAUUUAUCUUCAAUAAUGGAAUUAUAUUCCUCUUCUGGUAUAAUUAUAUUUA